AUGCCUAACGUUGUUAAUGUGACUCUGGAUAACGUCGAUCCAAACAUCAAGUACUCUGGGAAUUGGAACGGGAAUGCUGCGGGAGACCGGUUUUACGCUUCGUACUACGAUCAGACGUUCCAAUCUUCAGGCGCGGACGGAGACUACUUUGAGUUCAGCUGGACAGGCGGUGAUGUGUUCCUGUACGGUGGCUACGGGUCAGACCACGGAUACUAUUCGUUGAUAAUGGAUGGUGGUGACAAGAUCUACGCCAAUGGGUAUUCGGACCCCGGGGCCGCUAGACAGCUUAUUGGCGCAUCUUCUGGAUAUCCUUACGGUCAGCACACUGUCAGAUUGACGAAUGAGAAUCAGUACAAUCCGACGGAAGGGAGAACGCUCCUUGAUCUGGAUUACAUCGUCGUGGAGCUCGACCCGGAGGCUGAUGAUGGAGGUGCGACAACAUCCUCGACGGCCACCACAACGACGAGCACUGCGCCUGUGAUCAGUGCAUUGCCAAGUACCACCCGUCAGGUAAUCGAUGGGGCGAUGGAAUCGCAGACUGCUCUGCGAAUCACGUCCAACUCCGUAGCACCGCCACCAUCCACCACGACAGGCAUCACUUCGUCAUCCUCUUCGCCCACCGCGUCUGCUCCUUCACAUACGUCCUCAAUCUCCUCCGCCGCGUCGAGCGCCCCCGUAGGCUCUCGCCUCCCAGCCGUUGGGGGACCUCACAUUACCGUUCAGCCAGGCUCUGAGACUGUCCCCAUCGCCGUAGGAAGUGGCACCCCGUCUUUCUCUCCCGUUGCUAUUCCGACGGACCACGUCUUAUCUGGUCCUGCUCGUGCUGCCAGUCUUUCUCCUUCUCUAUCCGCGUUGAUGGCCAUCAUAUUGGUCACCUGGGCACUUGGUGCCUCGCCGCAUGGAUGA